UGGAUAUUGGACACGUGGCGGAGUUUUGACUGGUCUAGGUCGUUCACAUUAAAGUUGUUCAUUUUCAGCGAAAUCUAGCUUGAUAGUUCCUUUGAAAAUUCGUGCACAAAAGCAACAAGUCUGACGGUUAAUUGCACUACUUCCAGAUGGUGACAAAUGUAUUUGUAGAAUCGUAUGGCAACGAAAUCUCUCAUGUUUUUACACUGAGGGACAGUCAGAGUUUUUCUCUCAGUUGGAUAUUUAAUUUUGAUUUAUUAUGCCCAACUUUAAAGGUUCCUGCACAAAGAUAAUGUUGUAAUCCUGGUUUCAGAAGUUCUUUCUGCCUGUAGGCUACCCAUCUAGUGUUAGCGAAGACUACUUAGAAUAUCAAAUCUGGGACACUAUACAAGCUUUCGCUAGCAGCAUUACAGGUGCUCUAGCUUCACAAGCAGUUUUAAUUGGUGUAGGUGUUGGUAAUUCAUCAGCUACUAUACUAGGGGCCAGUUUAGCAUGGAUGUUUAAAGAGGGUGCAGGUAUGAUUGGCAGAAUUGUGUUUACUGGUUAUCAAGGGAGUAAUUUGGACUGUGAUUGUAAAUUUUGGAGAUUUGUCGCUGAUAUCUUAAAUGAUAUCGCAUUAUUCCUCCAAUUAAUAUCUCCAUUAUUUAGUGAUCUAUUUACACCGAUACUCUGUUGUGCCAAUAUACUCAUGUCUCUAGUUGGUGUAGCUGGUAGUGCAACACGUGCAGCUAUUGUACAACAUCAGGCAAUUAAUAAUAAUUUAGCUGAUGUAUCAGCUAAAGAUGGAAGUCAGGAGACUUUAUCCAACUUGAUGGCAUGGUUUGUAAACUUUAUUCUCCUUUAUUUAGUGACGGGUAAUCAAGUUUUUAUAUGGAUAUGCUUCAUUUCUUGUACUGCACUCCAUCUCUAUUCUAAUUACCGUGCUGUAAAAUGCCUUAAAAUGCGAACAUUCAAUAAAAGUCGUUUUCAUUUAGCUAUACAAUCUUGGCUUGAACAUCAGUUUGCUGAAAUAUCAACAUCUUCCUUCCAAACAUCAACUCAUAAAUUAUCUGAUUAUAUUUUAGUGAAUAAAUCAUUUCCACAAGUUGACUGGGUUAACCAACAUGAACCUAUUAUUCAUAAAAGUGAUCAGCCUAAGGUUAUAAUGGGUGGUUCGUUGUAUAAGUUACCCAUUGAAGGACAAAACCUUUUACCUCAAUUGGUUCCAAUGUGUGGAAAAAUAAUUAUAUUAUUUACUGUUCAAACUGGAAAACUAUUCAACAAGGUGAUUCACGUAUUCCCCUAACAAUGUACAUUGUUCUGUUUUCCGGAUCUGAAGCCUUGGAUCAAUUGAAAGCUAUGCUGCAUGUGGAGUUAUUAGUAUUCAUAAGAAAGCAAAAUUUCAAUCUGGUAUCUUCUUACAAAAUGAUUGAAAAGAUAACCAAAGCUGAAAGUUAUGAAAAUUUCAUUCAAUACACAUUUGACUUGGUAAAUGAAUUAUGGGAACCUUUGAUUAAUUCAGUACAAUCAAAUCAUGAGUGGAAUGUAAGUUCAUUUCAUUUUGCAGCUGAUAUGUGGAGAUUAUAUUAUGAUUCUCAUAAAACAUAUUGAAGAAAAAAGUGUACACAGGAAUAAUAAUAAUUCUGGUUAAUAUGAUCUUCAUUGUUGAUUUGCUGAAUCAGCUGAUAAGCAUUCACGUUUCUAAUUUCGAUAAAUUUUUGUAGUAGAUUAGCA